UCAGAAGCGGGGCGCCGACCCGGGAUUUCGCCUCUCUGCGGGACACAGAUAUUUAACCUGGAGCCGGAGACUCGGCAUCAGUCCGGCUGCAACAGGAGGCAAGGAGCAGAGACAGGACGCCUCCCCAGGAUCAACACCGGCUUCAUCUCAGGAUCAACCUGGCAUCAGCACCGGGAUCAAUCCAGGAUCAGCACCGGGAUCAACCCGGCAUCAACACCGAGAUUAAGCCGGGAUCAAUCCCGGAUCAGCAGCGGGAUCAAUCCUGGAUCCUGAGCGGGAUCAGCGCUAACAAUCUCGCUGCCGGUAGAGCUGGGGCCGGGCGAGCCCGUGUGCCCCGGAGUGGAGCCCAGGAAGCGGGCCGCCCUGGGCCGGAGCCGCCGCGCUCUCUCCCGGGCUCCGGGCCGCCUCUCACUCCGGCUCCUGUCAUCCCGUCUAGACAGCUUGUGGCAGUGAGUCCUGGCGUUGCCAUGGCGACAGGCAGCAAGCCGACGUGAAUUUCGGGGUAAAGAAUCUGGAAAAAGGCCGCUUUUCUGGUGCUUUUCGCUUUCCGGAGGUGGAUCGGUGGGAAAGAAAAAAAGCGAGGAAGGAAAAGAAGGCGAGAGAGUGGAAAGUGAGAGAGUGUGGGAGAGGCUGCGAGAGACAGCAGCUUAAUCCGGCAGCAAAGUUAAACCUCAGCACGUCCUGUACGUGCCCGUCAUUCAAAGCCCAGUGUGUUCUAUUAAAAGUAUCAGUCUGCUCGCUUUGCAGCCUAUUUAUAAACCUCUGGGCUCGCCGAACUGGCCCGUUUAAAACAUGGAGCUGCCACAGUAUAUGCUGAGCUGCUUCUGCAUGUUGCUACUGCAGCACGGACUCUGCCAGCCUUAUCUGCACCUCCGGCCCGUCCCCAGUGACAGUUUGCCCGUGGUGGACAUUAUCGAACACCCGGACCCAGACAACGAUCCCAAGGACAACGAUCUGGACGAACGGGCUUUACGGAAGAAGCUCGGCAGUCACUUCGAUCCCAACUUCAUGUCCAUCACCCUGCCCCAACUGGACGACUCUCCGUCCCGGGACCCGAACUCCAGGUUCAAACCUCUGGGCGCCAUGCCCAACGACAUCAAGAGGUUGGAUUUGUCCGAGACCCCUUAUGGGAGGAAAAUGAAGUUGGGUAAAAAGGCCAGAAGGAAGUUCCAGCAAUGGCUUUGGUCCUACACAUACUGUCCGGUGAUGUACACAUGGAAGGACCUGGGAGGCCGCUUCUGGCCACGGUUUGUUAAAGAAGGCAACUGUUACAACGAGAGGUCCUGUUCAUUCCCCGAAGGGAUGCUGUGUAAACCUGUCAAAUCGAUUAGCAAGACUUUCUUAAGGUGGUAUUGCCAAGGAUGGUCAAAACCCAAGUACUGCACGUGGAUACCUGUACAAUACCCAGUCAUUUCCGAGUGCAAGUGUUCCUGUUAAAGGGAGAAAUGUUCUCAUGCAGACUGGGUGAAUCCUAUAUACAGAUGGUCUAUAGUAUAACAGCGCCCUAUAGUGAAAUCUAUUUUUAUAUAUCGCAUUCUAAAGAAGCGCCAGCUUUGUAUCUAUAUAACACAAUGAGAUUUAACGUUGCAGAAAAUCAUGGUUUUUUUUGGGGGGAGGUGGGUGAGGGUGGGUUGGGGAAAAUUGACGGACCAUAAUGAAGCUCCACUCAGAUGGAAGGGAUAUUCGCAGUCACACUGCGGGCCCUGAUCGCUGACUUUGAGAACUAGCAGCAACUCCGAACAAGUCUAGCCUGGGUUUCCAUUCACUGAAUCCUAAUAACUGCCUUUAAUGCCAUGUGCCUAGUUUUUUUUUGUAAAAUAAUAAUAAUUAUUAUAAAAAAAGUUGAGGUGAAGAUAUUACAGAGUGAAAUCUCAGCUUUCCAAUACAAUAUAGGAGUGUAGAAGAGUAAAAUCUUGUGUCCAAUUAUUUAUUACUUUAACGUUUGUUGAUAUAAAUGUAGAUGAUACCGUGACAUUUGGAAAUGUUUACUUGAAUAUUAUUUCUAAAACAAAACAUAUCAAUGUAAAUAUAAUGGUUCAAUGUUUUUAGCAAUAAAAUCUCAUCUUUGAAACAAAAAAGUUUGGACAUCUGACAGCAUUCAGAGCCUUGGCUUCUUUGGGUGCGAGAGAGUGCUUCUGUGCAAAAGAAUAGAACAGUCUUCAUGAUCUAUCCGAGCGGAGGCAGCCCUUCAUCAUUUCAGUCAUUCGGAGCUGCCUUUGAAACGUCCCGUCCCUGCACCCUUCACAAGCCGCCUUGUCGGGAAUGUGUACUAACUGUUCCAUCUGCAGCUUUAACAAACUUUAAGUGACUGUGUCCCCCACACGGUUUUCUAAACGAGAUCACAGGUAAUGAACAGUUACAAACGGUGCCUAGAUUCCAGUCACGGAAGAUGUGUUCACUAUAAAAUCGCAUGUGAAGCUGGUUCGUAGUUCAUUUAUCAAAUAAACGCUGUCCAAGGAACUUAACAUCAGUUGCAAUAAACUGUACAAAGAGGUUCGUUUUGUACAAGAUAACGGUAUUGUUUCAAAGCCCAUUCAGUUGUAAAACCUUUGGUUUAAAAUUUGGGGAAUAGAAUAAUUGCAGCGUCCAUCCUGGAAGGGGGAAUCUCGGGGCAGGUCUGCGGAGAUCCCGGCAUAAACAGGUGAAAAAAAGUCAGACUACUGAAAAAACAAACAAAUCAAAAAGAUGUUUUUAAUUUGGAAUGUGUCCAGCAGGAUUGGGGACACGUUGUCUGGGCAUCUGAGUGGGCUACCCCUCCCCCCCUCGCACACAAACACAGAUAUUUAUACAGCGAUGCAGCCUUGUCUCGAACUUACUUGCUAAGAAAUGGUGUUGAAACUUUACAGGCCGCUUUCACUGAACUAAAUGGAUAAGGAGUGGGGAACAGCACGGAAUGGAAUAGGCAACUGAUAGGAGCGCUUUGCUCUGUCUGCUCCCUCGGCGUUUUUCCAAUCUCCAGCAAGCCCAAACACUGUAACUGUUAUAAGUGGUGCUCGCUAACAGACUUGAACGCGGCUCGGC